ACAAUGGCAGCCUUUUCUGAAAUGGGCGUUAUGCCCGAAAUCGCGCAAGCUGUUGAAGAAAUGGACUGGCUCCUUCCUACUGAUAUUCAAGCGGAGUCAAUUCCGCUGAUUCUCGGUGGGGGAGAUGUUCUCAUGGCAGCAGAAACGGGUAGCGGUAAAACAGGAGCCUUUAGCAUUCCUGUCAUCCAAAUUGUACACGAAACGCUGACCGACCAGCUGCAAGGCAAGAAAGGCAGAGUCAACAUUAAAACGGGAGGCGCUGUCUUCAACAAAUGGCAGAUGAACCCUUACGACCGCAGCCCUGCCUUUGCUAUCGGCCCGGAUGGCUUGUGUUGCCAGAGCCGAGAGUUUAAGGAAUGGCACGGAUCGCGCUCCACCAAGGGCGUAUCUAAAGGCAAGUACUACUAUGAAGUCUCCUGCCAUGACCAGGGAUUGUGUCGCAUCGGAUGGUCCACCAGCCAAGCCGCUCUGGACUUGGGAACGGAUAAGUACGGCUUUGGUUUUGGAGGAACCGGCAAGAAAUCGAACAAUAAGCAAUUCGACAGCUAUGGCGAGGAGUUCACCAUGCAUGACACGAUUGGAUGCUACCUCGACCUGGACAAGAGCCACAUUUCAUUCUCCAAAAAUGGUAACGAUCUGGGUUUGGCGUUCGAGAUCCCUUCAAAUCUUAGGAAUCAGCCAUUUUUUGCUUCCUGUGUCCUCAAGAACGCAGAACUAAAGUUCAACUUUGGCGGCGAGGACUUUAAGCAUCCACCCAAGAGCGGCUUUGUGGCCUUGGACAAGGCGCCAGACACUCACACGGUCAAGUCUUCGCAGACAGGCAGCGCCAAAGUGAGUCAGGCCAAAGGCUCUAGCAACGCCCCCAAGGCGCUGAUCAUCGAGCCAUCCAAGGAAUUGGCUGAGCAGACGCUCAACAACGUUUCGCAGUUCAAGAAAUACGUAAUGGAGCCAAAGCUCAGAGAGCUGCUGGUGAUCGGCGGCGUGGCCGCCAAGGAGCAAAUGGCUGCCCUGGAGCAAGGAGUGGACAUCGUGGUGGGGACGCCCGGUCGUUUGGACGAUUUAAUCUCCACGGGGAAACUUAGCCUGUCCCAAGUCCGCUUUCUGGUCCUGGAUGAAUGUGAUGGCCUUCUGUCAGCGGGCUACACGGACUUUAUCAACAGAAUUCACGGUCAGAUCCCUCAAGUCACGUCUGACGGCAAACGGCUGCAGGUGAUCGUGUGCUCUGCGACGCUGCAUUCGUUCGACGUGAAAAAAUUGUCGGAUCGCAUCAUGCACUUCCCUACGUGGGUGGACCUGAAGGGCGAGGACUCCGUGCCUGAGACGGUGCACCACGUGGUGGUCCCUGUGGACCCCAAGGCCGACCGCCUCUGGGAGCGUCUGGGCAAGAACCACAUCAAGACGGACGAGGUGCACGCCAACGACAACACCCGGCCGGGCGGCAACUCGGCGGAAAUGUGGUCGGAGGCCAUCAAGGUGCUGAAAGGAGAGUACGCGGUCCGGGCCAUCAAAGAGCACAAAAUGGACCAGGCGAUCAUCUUUUGCCGUACCAAAAUCGACUGCGACAACAUGGAGCACUACUUUAUCCGCCAAGGAGGAGGCCCUGAUAGUAAAAACCACCAGUUCUCCUGCGUUUGUCUCCAUGGUGAUCGCAAACCGCAAGAGAGGAAGAACAACUUGGAUCGCUUCAAGAGGAAAGAAGUCCGGCUUCUUAUCUGCACCGACGUCGCCGCUAGAGGGAUUGACAUCCGUGGCGUUCCCUAUGUGAUAAACGUCACGCUGCCAGACGAGAAACAGAACUACGUCCACCGGAUCGGCAGAGUGGGUCGAGCUGAAAGGAUGGGCUUAGCCAUUUCACUGGUUGCCAUGCAGAAAGAGAAGGUGUGGUAUCACGUCUGCGCCAGCCGUGGCAGAGGCUGCUACAACACCCAGCUCAAGCAGGACGGAGGGUGCACCAUCUGGUACAAUGAGAAAGAGCUCCUGUCAGAAAUCGAGGAACACCUCAAGUGCACCAUCACUCAAUGCGAGCCCGACAUCAAGGUACCCUUGGACGACUUUGACGGGAAGGUCACUUACGGACAGCGCAGGACCUUGGGAGGUGGCAACUACAAGGGUCACGUGGACGUGCUGGCCCCGACGGUGCAAGAGUUGGCCAACCUGGAGCGAGAGGCUCAGACGUCAUUUCUUCAACUGGGAUACCUGCCCAACCAGCUUUUCAAAGCCUUCUGA